GACCCAGCAGCAGGCAGGCCAUACUCGGCUUCUCCUUCGCUGUGGCUCCAAUGUCGGAGGUGUUUGUGCCUGGAAGAAAUGGACUCUGGCAAUGCACGAAUUUGAUCACUCAGAGAUCCGAUCAGCUGAGUCUGUGAAUGGCGCCAAAACAGGACCCUAAACCUAAAUUUCAAGAAGGUGAAAGAGUCCUGUGCUUUCAUGGGCCAUUGCUCUAUGAGGCAAAGUGUGUAAAGAUCAACAUAAAGGAUAAGCAGAUUAAAUACUUCAUUCAUUACAGCGGAUGGAACAAAAACUGGGAUGAAUGGGUUCCUGAAAGCAGAGUUCUCAAAUAUGUGGACAGCAACCUUGCGAAACAAAAAGAGCUUCAAAAGGCCAAUCAGGACCAUUAUGUUGAGGGAAAGAUGAGGGGUUUAGCACCGAGCAAGAAGAUUGCUGCUGUGCAGCAGAAAAAUGUUGAUCUGAAAGUGAAAAAGGCAAAACAGAAGACCCCAGGGCCGGGUGAAGGCACCAGCAGCGGAGAACCGCCCCAGGGACCACGGAAGAAGAGGGCUCGGGUUGAUCCCACUGUGGAGAGUGAGGAGAUGUUCACCAACCGUGUGGAGGUGAAGGUUAAGAUCCCUGAGGAGCUGAAACCCUGGCUGGUGGACGACUGGGACCUCAUCACCCGACAAAAACAGUUGUUUCAUCUGCCUGCUAAGAAGAAUAUAGAGACUGUCUUGGAGGACUAUGCAAACUAUAAGAAAUCAAAAGGAAACUCGGACAAUAA